AUGACCGAGCCCAUGGCAGUGGUCCCAGAGUCAAUGACCCUGGAAAUGGAUCCAAAUGCUCGACGCGCUUGGAUUGACUCGCGCAUCGCCGCCCUCGAAGACGAAAUUCGCCGGUGGAAGAGCAGCAGGAACGAGUUAUCAGUAAUCUCGCGCCUACCGCCUGAAGUUCUCACUCGGAUUUUCGAAGCCUAUAAACAAAUGUGCGAUCGCUACGGUCGAACGGGCAAUACGCCUCAGCCGCGGCAACAUUAUAUCAAACUAUAUCAAUGGACUCGAGUGACACACGUUUCCCGCUACUGGAGGGAAGUCGCCCUUGGAUGCCCGUACCUGUGGUCGGACAUUCGAACCGUCAACCACAACUGGGCGAGGACAUUCUUGGAGCGGUCGAAGCAGGCGCCCAUCUCCCUCAACGCCACGGAGUCUCUUUCCGUCACGAACAUGGAAGACUUCGAAGACGAGAUCCUUGCGCAGUCCCACCGACUGAAGAGCAUUCGAGUUUAUGGGGGCGCUUCUUUCGAAAAGAGAGUUCAGGAAUUGACCAAUCCUACCCCCCUGCUUCAAAGCCUGAUGAUCACGCGCGGAUAUCAGAACCAGAAUGCGGCCAGCCCAAUCCUACCCACGGAAUUCCUCAGUGGCGAGGCUCCGAAACUUCAGGACUUGGAGUUGGAUGGAUAUUGGCUACCUUGGGACUCGACCGUCCUGUUCCGUGGAUUGACGUCGCUCAAGCUAACUUUCUAUCCACCAAGCCACACCCCUCCGCCUAGUCCUGAAACCUUCUUCGACGUACUCGAAGCCAUGGAGGGUCUUCAAACCUUGUACCUUGAUAUUCCCUUACCUAUAUCGCCUCUCGCAAAACACCGCACCAUCGCACUUGCACGCAUGGAGAAAUUCACGCUGAAGGGCUUUCUAUCCGGCUGCACCAACGUCAUGACGCAUCUGGCACUUCCGCCUUCGUCAACAUUGCAUAUUUUUGCCAUCCAGAAGGAGGAAGACACUGCCCAUAGUAACGUCACGAUGGCCGACCUGUCGAUCUCGAUCACCAAUUCGUGGCUUUCAGGCCAUCUAGGCUCCAAUUCCACAACCCCCGCCUCCGCCCCAAGCGUCCUGAAGUCUCUGGAACUUGAUACCAAUGACGUGCUGUCUAACAGCGUCAAAGGAUAUCUCGUGGAUAACGACUCCCCACACCGCCCAGGUGGUUGUAGGAACGUACCCUCCCUCGAGCUGCGGGUUGCUGGGGACUACUCAGGCGCCGAAAGCGCCGACUGGCUCCCCGAUCUCCUUGGCGGGCUACCGCUGAACGAUAGCAGACUUUCGCGUGCAAGGGAUUGA